AUGCCGGGGCUUCAUGGCCAGGGUGAACAGUCUAUCGACAAGCGUGACUUUGACGCAAAUCGGCCUCUUUUGCUAGGCACAGACGCGGACGGCGCGACUGAGGAAUGGAUACCCAAGCCAGGCCGGUCACGACCUGUAUCGAGUGAUUCGCGUCGUUCGGGCGAGAGCAGACGCAUGGCUGGAAGUGAGGAUGGACUUCUCAGUGAUGUUGUCGAGGGUAUUGUCGAGCGCGAUCGGCAGCACAUGCAGAAGGAGGUCAUUCGCGCCUUGAGCUUCAUCUGGGGUGUUGUCACUUGCCUGGGAGCCGGUAGUAUCACAGCAUUCUCAUUAUACGGACAUCUCCUGCUCACUCGACUAAGAUACACACAACUUCAAGUCAACACUGUCUCCAUCGCGGCCGAGGUCGCACUCUACCUACUCGCGCCUCUGUUCGGAUAUCUCUGUGAUCGAUACAGUCCAUCUCCUCUGGCGCUGUUCUCCGGUGCUCUGUUUGGAAUAGGAUACUUUGUCGCCGCCCUGGCAUAUCGUAGCGGGCCUCCUGUCGAAGCCGGUGGUACUGGCUGGCCGUUCUGGGUCAUGGUCCUGGCGUUCAUCGCCAUCGGCAUGGGUACAAGCUGUAUGUACCUCGCUGCCGUCGCUACCUGCGCCAAGAACUACGGUCGCGGCAAACAUAAGGGGAUUAUGCUCGCAAUUCCGAUCGCCGCAUUUGGUCUCAGUGGGAUGUGGCAAAGCCAGCUUGCGACGUACGUGCUGUGUGAGCGAACCCCCGACGGGACUCGUGGGGAUGUUGACGUGUUCCGGUACUUUAUGUUUCUGUCCAUUCUAUUGCUGGUGACAGGGGUCAUUGGCAUGUUUGCUCUGCGCAUCGUCGAUGGAGAUGAAGAAAAAUACAUUGACGAGACGGUUGAAGAAUUGGAGCGAAGUGGACUGCUUGAAGAGAGCGAGUUCUUUCGACCUCGAAACGCGAUCCAGUCUGUUCUAGAGUUCGGAACGUUUGGAGAAAACGGCGACAAUCAAUCCAUGACCCUGUCCGAGGAAGAGCGCGAGCAGCAGCGACUCGAGAAGGAACGGGAGGAAGAUGAACGUCGCAAGAAAAACUGGUUACUUAAUUAUGAAACGCGCGUCUUCCUUCGUGAUCCUACUAUGUGGUGGCUUGCGAUGGGUUUCUUCCUAGUCACCGGACCUGGCGAAUCUUACAUCAACAACCUGGGCACAAUUAUUCCAACUUUGACCCCAAUCUCUUACAGUCCAGAUGACGCGCCGCCAGCUGGUCUGCCCUCAACGCACGUCACAACUGUAGCCCUGACAUCAACAAUCGCCCGAAUUCUCACUGGAACUCUCACGGACUUCUUCGCGCCUCCAGCAACACACCCCUUCCCUCCCAUGCCCGAAGAUUCCCGUCUCCGUCCCACCACACCGAGUCCGAAACGCCUCACCAUCUCCAGAAUGACAUUCCUUCUUCCUUCCGCUUUCCUCCUAGCAAUCGGCUACUUGCUGCUCUCGACCCCGCUGCCCUUACAACAGCCUUCCGUCUUCCACCUCACUACUGGCCUGGUCGGUUUUGGCUACGGAAGCGCCUUUUCACUCACGCCGAUUAUCAUCUCGGUGGUUUGGGGCGUUGAGAAUUUCGCCACUAAUUGGGGUAUCGUGGCUAUGAUGCCGGCUCCCGGUGCAGCGCUGUGGGGCGUCGUCUACUCUGCUGCUUAUCAGCGGGCGGUCGAUGGCGGUUCUGGGCCUGAAUCUCCUAGCGGAGAAUGUCAUGGCUGGCGAUGUUAUGGACCCUGGUCCGUUGGCUGCACAAUCAGCGUGUUUGUUGCCAUGAUGGCCUGGACAGCGGCAUGGAGGGGAUGGAGGCGGAAGGGAGUUGUUGUCUGA